AUGAGUAGUUAUACAAAUGCUUCCAUUGGUUCCGGUAGUAGAACACCUAGGAGAACCGUUGAGUUUGGUAGGACUUAUGUGGUGAGGCCAAAAGGGAAGCACCAAGCAACGGUUGUUUGGUUGCAUGGUCUUGGUGAUAAUGGCUCAAGUUGGUCUCAACUCUUGGAUAACCUUCCUCUUCCAAAUAUUAAGUGGAUAUGCCCAACUGCUCCUACUCGCCCUGUGACUGUUCUUGGUGGAUUUCCUUGCACUGCAUGGUUUGAUGAGGGAGAGCUCUCAGAAGAUGGUCCAAAUGAUGUUGAAGGUUUAGAUGCUUCAGUAUCACACAUAGCAAACUUGUUAUCAACGGAGCCCACUGAUGUUAAACUUGGUAUUGGAGGAUUUAGUAUGGGUGCUGCAUGUGCACUUUACUCUGCAACUUGUUUCGCCCAGGGUAAAUAUGGAAAUGGCAGCCCUUAUCCAGUUAACUUAAAGGCUAUUGUAGGAUUGAGUGGCUGGCUUCCUGGUGGAAGGAGUUUGAGAAGCAUGAUUGAAGGAUCACAUGAUGGUGCUAGACGUGCUGCUUCAUUGCCCAUUUUGCUAUGUCAUGGACGUGGUGAUGAGGUUGUUCCAUACAAAUUCGGAGAGAGGUCUUCUCAGAUCUUGAGUUCAGCUGGAUUUAGAUAUGUUGCAUUCAAAACAUAUGAAGGGCUUGGACAUUACACUGUCCCUAAAGAAAUGGAAGAGGUGUGCCAAUGGCUAAAUGCAAGGCUUGUAGCUUAAGUGAAUGCCAUGGCAUUAGUAGUGUUUUCUUGCAGCUAGUUUGAUGAACAAUUGGUCGAUGGUAACCGAAGAAGAGAGGGGAAACAUACACAUUUUGAGAUGGGAUAAAAUUAUUAGGCUUUAAUGGAGAAUAUGUUGGUAUUGUAUUUGAGUUUCUUGGUGUAAAAUAAAGAUUUGAAAAGAGUUUGUUCUUGUGAUCUUUGUGGUAGGGGCUGUAGAUGGAAUUUAUUGUGAAUCUUGAGUUUUGGAGGGGUUGUUGAUGUUGCAAUAAUUAUUUAAUUACUUGUAUUUGUUUUUUUUUUUUUUUGGUGGUAA